AUGGCUGGUAUCAUUCUCCAUCAUUUUGCAGCCUCGCCGUUCGCUGAACGCAUUCGCCUCGUCUUCGGACUCAAAGGUUUAUCAUGGCAAGGAGUCGAUGCCGAGCUCGUGAUGCCGAAGCCUAAAUUGACCGCCUUGACCGGAGGCUACCGCAAGACUCCUGUAAUGCAAAUUGGGAACGACAUCUACUGUGAUUCACGGCUCAUUGCCUUGGAGCUUGAACGACGGUACCCAAACCCAACCGUUUUCCCGUACAACAGCCGAGCAUCGUGUAUGGCUCUCUCAGCCUGGACCGACUGCGAUUUCCACAUGACAACUUCCGCCCUAGCGAUAGGGGUGAACAAACACCUUAUGCUGCAGUCCUUAGUCGACGAUCGACGUUCCUUUUUUGGGAAUACCCUGGAUGUGGACGGUCUAGAAAAUGAUAUACCACACCUGCGCACUCAGUUGCGUGCUCAUCUUGACAUUGUUGACCAACAUUUCUCGGAUGGACGACACUUUUGGUUUGGGGACCAGCCCAGCAUGGCGGAUUUCCAAGUUUACACUAGCGUCUGGACCGUACGCACAAACCUUCCGUUCGCAGAGUCUGAAUUGUCACCGUUUCCUCAUGUGGUGUCUUGGGAGACGAGGAUGAAGAGGUUCGGGUGGGGUACAACGAGCGAGAUCACUGCGGAAGAUGCAAUCAAGCUCGCUCAGGCGUGUACGUCAACACCAGUAUUCGAUGUUGACGGUGCCGACGCUUUGGGCCUCCUCCCUGGCGCGCCGGUGGUGGUCACCCCAACGGACUAUGGAUGUGAGCCAGUUGAGGGACGACUAGUCAAGUUGACGGUCACCGAGGUUGCAAUCGAACGUCACGAUCCUGACGCAGGAACACUGACUGUGCAUUUCCCUCGCAUUGGAUUUAGGGUGUCCGCAACAUCGCAUUAGGCUAUCGAGUAAAGCAUGGCAGCUUUCUUCCUUGGGACGAUUUCGAUCCCAUUCCACGAGUCUGAUACGCCUUUGCCGGCACCGACCGACCAAUAAGGACAACAAUAAGCACGACAGUGCUACCAAGUAGGAACAAGGUAGGCCUGUAACAGAAUCUCUCCUCUAGAAUGAUAUGUACCAUCAUUGCCUCUUUCACA